AUGUUUUUGUCUCGUAUGCCCUAUUCACACUCAAACGGAUCGAAUAUCUCUGAAUGCUCCAGUUAUGUCUAUCUAGGUCGGGAAAUCAAUGUGAUUAAUAACUUAGCUCCAGAGCUGAGCAGAAGGAAACGAGCGGCCUGGGAAGCUAUCAAGAGCAUCGACGAUGUAGUGAAGACGAUAAAGAAUGCCCAACUCCGUGCCCACAUUUUCGACUCAACGACACUUCCUGCACUAACGUAUACGUCAGAAAUCUGCUGGCCGCGUAAGCAGGACGAAAGGUCACUCAGCGUUAUCGAACGCGCAGUCGAAAGGACGAUGCUAGAAGUAUCCCGUUCCACACAAGUAAAGGAUGGGAUCCGAAGCUCCGAUCUGCGUCAACGGUCAAAAAUCAAAGAUGCCGUUCUGUACGCCAAACGGUCGAACAUAAGGUGGGCCGGACACGUAAUGCGUAUGAAUGACAACUGA